CUGAUUUUUCUCACCCUGAACCAGAGGGGCUCUGACUCCAUGAAGAUCCCAGCUCUGAUUCUGUCAUCGUGGAUGACAAGAACUGACUUCCACAACAUUGCCUGGACCUUGGCCUUUCAGUAUGGGGAGGAUUGGCAUUUCCUGUCUCUUUCCUGCUUCUUGGCAUUUUAGCAUCUCUCCAGUGGGCUGUCCUCGAAUUCUGAACACCAACUUACGACAAAUCAUUGUCAUUAGCAUCCUGGCUGCAGCUGUCUCCCUUUUAUACUUUUCUGUUGUCAUAAUCCGCAGCAAGUAUGGGUGGCUGUCGAGGGACAAGAAAUUUCAAAGGUACUUGGCCCGAGUCACAGACGUUGAGGCUACGGACACCAACAACCCCAAUGUGAACUAUGGCAUUGUGGUGGACUGCGGCAGUAGUGGGUCUCGGAUAUUUGUCUAUUGCUGGCCUCGGCACAACGGCAAUCCUCAUGACCUGCUGGACAUCAGACAGAUGAGAGACAAGAACCGAAAGCCAGUGGUGAUGAAAAUUAAACCCGGCAUCUCAGAGUUUGCUACCUCUCCAGAAAAAGUCAGUGAUUACAUUUCUCCGCUUUUGAGCUUUGCUGCAGAACACGUGCCACGGGCAAAACACAAAGAGACUCCUCUUUACAUUCUCUGCACAGCUGGAAUGAGGGUCCUUCCUGAAAGCCAGCAGAAAGCAAUUCUGGAGGACCUCCUGACUGAUAUCCCUGUGCACUUUGACUUCCUGUUUUCUGACUCCCAUGCUGAAGUCAUCUCAGGAAAACAAGAAGGUGUAUUUGCUUGGAUCGGCAUUAAUUUUGUCCUCGGGCGGUUUGAGCAUAUUGAAGAGGAUGAUGAAGCGGUUGUGGAAGUCAACAUUCCUGGUAGUGAGAGCAGUGAGGCCAUCGUUCGGAAAAGAACAGCUGGUAUUCUUGACAUGGGAGGCGUGUCUACUCAGAUAGCGUACGAAGUCCCCAAAACUGUAAGCUUUGCCUCCUCACAGCAGGAGGAAGUAGCUAAAAACCUGUUAGCUGAAUUCAACCUGGGCUGUGAUGUCCACCAGACUGAGCAUGUGUACCGAGUCUACGUGGCCACGUUCCUUGGGUUUGGUGGUAAUGCUGCUCGACAGAGAUAUGAAGACAGACUGUUUGCCAGCACGGUACAGAAAAACAGGCUCCUGGGUAAACAGACUGGUCUGACUCCCGAUGCUCCAUUCCUGGACCCCUGCUUACCUCUGGACAUUAAAGACGAGAUCCAGCAGAAUGGGCAGACCCUGUACCUUCGGGGAACGGGAGACUUCGACCUGUGUCGAGAGACCCUCCAGCCUUUCAUGAACAAAACCAAUGAGACACAGACUUCCCUUAAUGGAGUCUACCAGCCCGCAAUCCACUUCCAGAACAGUGAAUUCUAUGGAUUCUCCGAAUUCUACUAUUGCACCGAGGAUGUCUUGAGAAUGGGAGGAGACUACAAUGCUGCUAAAUUUACUAAAGCUGCCAAGGAUUACUGUGCAACAAAGUGGUCGAUCUUGCGGGAGCGCUUUGACCAAGGACUGUAUGCCUCUCACGCUGACCUCCAUCGACUUAAGUAUCAGUGUUUCAAAUCAGCCUGGAUGUACGAGGUGUUCCACAGAGGCUUCUCCUUUCCUGUCACGUACAAAAACCUGAAGACAGCCUUGCAGGUGUAUGACAAGGAAGUGCAGUGGACGCUGGGGGCCAUCCUCUACAGGACCCGCUUUCUGCCCUUGAGAGACAUCCGGCAGGAGGUGUUCCGAGCUGGCCAUGCACACUGGCGGGGUGUGUCCUUUGUCUACAACCACUAUCUGUUCUCUGGCUGCUUCUUUGUCGUCCUUCUGUCCAUCCUUCUCUACCUGCUGAGGCUGCGGCGCAUCCACCGCAGGGCGCCCCGCACUGGCUCUCUGUGGAUGGAGGAAGGCCUGCCCUCCCCCCAGAAGGGCCCUGGGCCCUUGUGACAACUGUGUCUAUUGGCUUGAGGAAGACGCUACAGGAAAAGCCAUUUUUGCCUCAGGGUUUCUCGUAUGCUUGGAUGGUUUUGUUUGUCUCCUUCCUUUCUGUUAUGACAAAACCCACUGAUUGUAAACCCUACUGUCUAGAGGUAUUGCCAUUUUGAAAACAGCUUUAAAUGGGAGAGUGGAAAAAGGGAAUUCACUCAAUUUGUGCUGCGUAGCAUCUGCCGCAAAUUAGUAAGGUUUUUGGUUUUCUUUAGGACAUGCUGCAUUUUCAGCAUAUGCACUUGGAUAGUGGGGGACGGGUGUCAAGGGACAAAGGCCAAGUUCCCAUCAAUGUAGGUGGGGCCAGUGGUCCUGGGUUAGAACCAAGAAGUGAGUUAGAUCUUCUCUCUCCUCUCCAAAAACCUCCAGCCUAGAAGGAGGUGUUUGAUUUUGUUUACUGCUCGGGUCUGUCACCAUCUAUGCUUUCUUUGAAGAUUUGAGAAUUUAGUCAUUCAUAGCAAAAAUUGACAAAAUGUUGGCAAGGGAGGUAAUACUGAAGAGUCGUGAGUGUUAAGAACUACUGAGGAGAGCCUUGUCUUGCUACAGCUGAAGCACAGACCUGUAAAUUAGCUAUUCUUGUUUCUGUGUUCAGAAGCUCCGUUGCCCUCUUGCAGCAACGUUAGGGUUUUUGUGUGUUUAUUUGUUUUGUUUGCUUUUAAGCCAGAAAGUUUUCAGAGUUCACUGGUUCAUGGUCUGAGGACUGGUGUGUCCCCCGCAGGCGCCCCAGCACCUCUGGGGAAUAGAGCUGUGCUGUUGGACUGCUCCAGUCCCGUCCACUUCCGGUUGGCACCACGCUGUUCAGAUCUCUUCAGUGUUUUCCUUCAGAACACCCUACACACUGCUUGACAGUUCUUGUUGUCACCUCUGGGGUUGCAGGUGUUGUUGGCAAUGCCACUGUAAGCCCACACCAUGAAAGAGCCUGAAUUUAGAAUAAGAAAUAAAUGCACAUGUUGAAAACAAAUUUGACAUUUGAAGCAGAAACUUGAAAAGGACACCUGGAGGACAUGUGGGACUGGUGGGAGAUUUGUUUGUCCCUUUGUUUGUUUUUUAUGGUGUUCAUGUAGUUUAGAAAUUUGAGGAUUUCUGUUCACGGGGGGUGUUUUUAGAAGGCUUUGUUUUGGUGUGGUGGUGGUGGUGGUACACAUAUUUCCUAGCUCCGCAACACUUGAGUGAAAGUAGUUGGUAGCAAAUGGGUACUUGGAGAACCUUCAGCUGCUUAUUCACAACUCAGAGAUGAGAGUGGUGAUUCUACCUUUAGAGAAAAGAUGUGGCGUUCAUGAGAGGAAUGCGAAUUUCUCAUCUCCUCGAAGUGACCAUUCCAGAUGAAAAACACUAGUGGAGAGUUAAGGGCAUGGUGCUGAGCAGCCCAUGUGUGGCUCAUGCUCCAGAGGACGUACACUGGGAUAAACAUUCCGUAAAUCUCUCCGUAAAGAGGGUUGGUUUCGGAAGCCUUGGCCACCAGCUGCCGCAGGUAAGCCAGUCAUUGGAAUCCUAGCAGCCGCCAUGCUGCCAUCUUUCCCUUGAAUUCCUGCAAGGGUUUGCCCUGUAAACAAGCUGGGCUUGGUGAUAAACAGGAAGUGUCUACUAGAGUUUAGUCAGUACCCCUCUCCCACUGCCAGGUGGUAAGACCCCUGAGGCCUCAUAAUCUGUGCAAUUAAAAUCUGUAAAUGCCUCGAUUUGGGGGCAUUUGCCUUUAAAAUCAAAGCAAGGAAAAGCCAGUUUAAGAAUUUCCUGAAACCUGACUUCCCUAAGACUCCUGCCCUGCUUUAACCGGAGGGUGCUGGUCUGGCCACGCUCUUGCAGCUUGGGGACAGAGUGGAAACAGUCGGUCUCCUUUCAGCCUGUAACAGGAUCCCUGCAAGGACCAGCAUUACUUUCCAAAGUUACCCCCCAGCUAGGGUUCCCAGGGCCACGCUACCUGUGUUUCUCCGAUAGCUCCUGGAGCAAGACCUAGUCGCCAUGGCAAAUCUAGAAGGCUUUUAAGCUAAGAACGUUAUUUUCAACAUUCGAAAGGAUUGCUUUAGCUGGACUUGAUGGUGCACACUGUUAAUCCCUUAGGAGGCAGGGACAGGCAGGUCUGUGAGUUCAAGGCCAGCCUGGACUACAUAGGAAGUUCCAGGCCAGCACUAGCUCAAAAAAGAAAAGGAUUGUCUUUUUAUGUAGGGGGGUGGGGGCAAAGUGGGUCACACUUGUAAUCCCAGCAUGGGGAUGCUGAGGCAGAAGGAUAAAGAUUUCAGGGCAGCCUGGGCUUCACAGAUCCCAUAACCACCACCACCACCAAAAAAAAAAAAAAAAAAAAAAAAAAAAAAAAAAAAAAAAACCCAAAACCGAGACUGCAUGGUUUUGUUUGAUCUAAAAUAGUUACAGAUGUCCCUGUAUAGACAAUUUUGUUAACUAUUGCUAUGUUGGCUUUCUGUUGCUAUAACUAAUUCCUGAGACAAUCAACUUACAAAGAGAAACAUUUUCCCUCAUGGCUUCAGAGGUCUCCCUGUGGUCAUUGGCCCUGUUUUGGGCCAGUGUUGAGACAGCACACUGUGGUAAGAGCAAGGACUAGAAAAGAACCACCUGCUUCUUAGUCAAGAGUCGGGGUGGGGGGGCCCAGGCCCCACACUUGCCUCAAGGACACAUCACUCGUGAUCUGAGAACAUCCUGUUUAAGCCCUGUCUUAAAAGUUCCUCUGCCUCCCCUAACACCAAGUCAGGGGUCUAGCCUCUAACACAGAAGCCCCCGGGGAUAUUGCAGGUUCAGACCAGCACUCAGCCUGUGAGAAUGAGCUGCUCCUCAAGGGAAACCACAGCACUGUAACUCAGCAAGUGUACUGUCCAGUCUCCAGAUGGGAAGUGACCGCAUGUUGGUCUUAAAACAUCUGCUUAGAUACGUCUUUACAGUAGAUUACUUCCAAGGUUCGUUUUGUUUGUUUGUUUUCCAUAUCAGGAAACCUAUGCUUCCCCAAUUUAAGAACCACAAAAAAAAUCUCUUUAGAAAGCCCACGUGGCACUGAGGGGGUUCUGAGUCUGAGAAAUCCCUGCUCAGAGGUGGCCUGCAGCUCCUCACGGUGCUUAAUACCAUGCAGAAGGUCAUACUGUGCUGAGUCGUGAGUGAGGGACAGCCAAGGACAAAGCUGCUUUGGGAUAAGGAUUCCUGUCACCUAGUAGCUGGCCCGGAAGCCCACGAACUGCACGUCCGAAGUAGAAAGACACUGGCCUGGGAAGUUGCUAGGAAGCUUUGUCAAAUGAACACAUUCUGCAUGGACUCCUGGCUCAAAGGCCCAGCAGUAAAUGCACACUUAUGCAGCUUAUAUCAGUGGCUGUAUUUUAAACCACUUGGCUUCUUCUCAGAUUUAGGAACUUCAUAGAAAAAGGCAAACACAGAUCUGCAUCCUCCAGGCUUUGCUCAUCCUUAAACCUCCAGCUCUAGCUGUGCUUCUGCCUCAGGCAUAGGCAAUGAUGGCUUAAGGCUGGUAUCAUAGGUCCCAGCCUGACCUCCCUAAGGUAGGUCACUGGUCACUGUUCCCCACCCCUGCACACUGCAGAGUAGCCAACCUUGAACAGAUACUCCUUUUCAUCCAAGUCUACGUGGGAUGGUGUUCCUUAUGAGAGAGAGCAUGUGUCAGCAAGAAACCAAAAAAGAGCAAAUGUGUUUGCCAAGCUUUCCAAAGGACACGUUUCUGCUUUCUACUCCUGUGUGAUAAUGUGCAAUGCAGCAAAACUACCUUCAUGUAAAUUACUCAUUUAUUUCAGUGCUUCAUCUUCUCCAGUGUUGAGUUCCCCUCUAGGUCAGUGGUUCUCAGCCCUCCUAGUGCUGUGGCCCUUUCAUACAGUUCCUUGUGUUGCGCUGACCCCCCCACCAUAAGAUAAUUUCUGUCAGUACUUCCUAACUGUAACUUUGCUGCUGUUAUGAAUCAUAAUGUAAAUAUCUGAUACGCAGAUGGUCUUAGGUGCCCACUGUGGGGGGUUGGGGCCCGCAGGUUGAGAAACUUUUCUCUAGGUGAUGACUGAUGUGACCAGCCUGGGAGAAUGUUGUGUGACUGAGGCGUUUUUACGGUUAGCAAUUACGAAACUAAAGGAGCACCUUCUAAUGUUUUUGUUUUUUAGGUAACAGGGUUUUUGUUUCAAAGUAAGAAUUAUUGUUUUGGAAAACAUUUGUAUGUCUACUGUCAAGUUUUAGCCCAGGUCUACAUGGGAUAAUCUUCCUUAUGAGAAGCAUGUGUCAGCAAGAAACCUAAGUCAGGUUAGGCAGCCUUCUGUCACGUACUUGAACAUGGAUGGAUGCUGAAAAUAAACGCUCAUCCAGUGAACCAAA